CAGAGAUUCUAGGGACGGCAGCUGGCUAGGCAAUGAUGGAUCCAUCUUCGACUAAUGAGUCGCCAAUGUCUGAGGCACUUCAGCCAUUAUUCUCGAAGAUCAAGCGGUACCAAAGAAUAUACCAAACUUAUCUUGACCGCUCUGUUCCGCAUGUUUUGCACCGAUGGCUAAGCACCGUCGUUCUUAUCGCCUUGUUCAUUCUCAGAAUUGUGCUGGCCCAAGGGUGGUACAUUGUAUGCUACGCCCACGCUAUAUACCUACUUAACCUUCUAUUGGCAUUCCUACAACCUAAAUUUGACCCAUCAUUACAAGCUGACCUGAAUGCCGAUGCAGUUGAAGAAGGAGCAGAUGCAGCGGACAUGAACACGAUGCCAAGGUAUGCUGAUGAGGAAUUCCGACCGUUUAUGCGACGGCUUCCCGAGUGGGAUUUCUGGCUUUCUGCAACGAGAGCGACCGUUAUCUCUCUCUUGUGCACUACUACGGAAUUGUUCGAUAUUCCUGUCUAUUGGCCAAUCCUCCUUAUGUACUUCCUUAUUCUCUUUGGCCUUACGAUGAAACGCCAGAUCUCCCAUAUGAUCAAGUACAGAUACAUUCCCUUCGACAUUGGGAAGCAAAAGUAUAAUACGAAGUAAAUAAGGUCGCCGUUGUUACUUCGGUGACUGUUGUUUCUGAUCAGUAGAGUUGGCCUGUCGUUUUGGUUAUGUAUGGAAUUUAUGAAUUUGUUAUUGCAUGCAAGGAGCUUGCUGUUCGGGAUUCACAAUAAUAUUGUCACAACGCUGAACAUGAAUACAUGAG